AUGGAUCAGCGACCGGUAAUUAAGCGCCUAAAAAAAUACACCGAAUCGAAGUCCCUCAAAGAACUCAAAGCCCAGCUAUACUCCGAAGCUGGGUACUCGCUUUCGGCGACUGUCGAUUUGGCAAAAGUCACGAAACUCACCUUUAAUAUCUCAUCUGACGGUUACCGGCCGGUCGCCGAGACUGAAGAAAGAGUCCCUCGUAGGAUACAAGACAUCACGGCAAUUCUACGGAAAGCGAUAAAUCUCAGGUACUUUUCCUGGAAAGCAGAAACGGAACGAAAGUAUUCCUUCGGUUACAUCUCCGAAGAGUUAAAGGACCUUCAGGAAGCAUUCACUAGCCUCCAACGCCUAAAGACUCUCAAGAUCGAAAACUACCUAUUCCAUCCAUCAUUCUUCCUUAAACCGCCAGACAGUGUCCAAAAUCUAAUCCUAAAUUGCUUGGGGUCCACUGAAUGGUGGAACGAUUUCUCAGCCUGCCCACUAACAAAUGUAAUCGACCUAAGGUUUCAUCGUCCGCUCUUGUCGGGGAAUAGUUAUUCAAAUGAAUUGCGAGGGUUUCUUGGCAACGAUGAUAACUUAUUUCCGGAUACCAUCAAGAUAGAGAAAAUUGCUGUUCGAAAUUUGGAAACUUUCUUGUGCCCUUCCGAAGCUGUGCCUCAGGAACUAGGAUUCCACAUCCUCAAGGGGAACCCCAAAUUAAAGCCGGAAUACAAACUUGAACUAUCAAAUGGCGAGGCGAAACGCUUUGUCAAGAAACAUUACAAUCGAUUCAAGUCAAAUUGGGGACUAAGCAAAUCCUAUCUCGAGGACCUCUACAUCAGACACUAUCUCAACAACCCGGAUCCAAUGACCGAACUAGAAGCCAUCGAAAUGUAUUGCCAGAUGUGCUUCAUGGGAGAGAUUGAAAACGGAUACGUAACUUCAUGGGAUAACGCGAGUAAGCGGGCAACAGAUAUAGGGGAAAGAUGCAAAGCGGACCUUGAAGAGAGGUUCCCAAAUUAUAUCAAAUAUGGUAUUCACCAUUAUACACUUGAGUUUAUGAAGGGAUUGGACGAUGUUGAUGACGAUGAGUUCAAGAAAGAAUGUAUUCGACUAUACGAGGAAGAUGACGAUAGGGGGCGGAAAUAUUUCAUCGCGAAGAGCUUAGCCGGAGAGCCUUUAUCUGCAAUGGUCAACAAGUUUCGCCGGGCGUUCGAUAGUCUCCGAAAGAAGAUUGUAAAAGACGUUGCAGAGGAUAUUUUUAAAGGUUCGGAUACAGAUGAGAAGACUCUUAUGAGUAGCUGGAUAGAGAGAGCCAUGGCGCAGUUACAGGAUUUUGGGGUCAACAAGUUGAGUUUAGAGGAUGUCACUGGAGAGACUCCUCAUGGCGACGAGACAACUGGGGAUUAA